GAGAGAGCUGCAUGCUUCUUUCUGUGUCUUCGGGUCCAUGUUGGAGUUGAUCUGCUCUGCUGGGUCAUUUCAGGCCACGUAUGUCCGAUCACAGGAGCAAACAUUAAAGUUACAGGGAUAUCCAAUGAAGGACAUACACACAUGCUGUGUUGCAGCUUCGAGGGUCUCUCAUCUGAAUGAAUGCAUUGCCCAUGAAGUCAGCGAUGGGGCGUUGCAAGAGGGGCUCUGGCUCUCAUGACAUAGUUUAGAGGAUGAAAGCCAGGAUGUAAGGCUCUGCUUCUUCAUACCACUCUGGGUCAACUUCAAAAUCACAAAGCACGAGAUAUCAGCAAGUCUGUGGACAACAAAAGAAUGAUGAUUAAGGCCUAAUAUACUGCAGUAUGUCAGAGCAAGCAGACAAAUGCAACUCCCGCUGGAAAGAUGAGGCCAUGCAGAAUGGGUACAUACCAAGUUACCUGGACAAGGAUGAGCUGUGUGUUGUGUGUGGAGACAAAGCAACUGGUUAUCACUAUCGCUGCAUUACAUGUGAAGGCUGCAAAGGCUUCUUUCGACGCACAAUUCAGAAGAACUUAAACCCAACAUACUCAUGCAAGUAUGAAGGAAAGUGUGUCAUUGACAAAGUUACCCGAAACCAGUGCCAAGAAUGUCGCUUCAAGAAAUGCAUUGCUGUUGGCAUGGCUACAGACUUGGUGUUGGAUGACAGUAAACGUCUAGCCAAGCGGAAGCUGAUUGAGGACAACCGUGAACGGCGACGGCGCGAGGAGCUGCAGAAGACUGUAUGGGAUCGACCAGAGCCCACACAAGAAGAGUGGGAGAUGAUACGGGUUGUCACAGAGGCCCAUAUGGCCACAAAUGCCCAAGGCAACCAUUGGAAACAAAAGCGCAAAUUCCUGGUCGAGGAAGCAAUGCUACUUAAUGAAAUAACAUGUAAUUUAUUCUGUACUUCUGACCAGAGUGCAGUGGGGGUGAAGGAAGCCAAGCCAGAGGACAUUGGAUCAGCACCUAUUGUCAAUGCACCAGAGGGGAACAAAGUGGACAUUGAAGCCUUCAGUCAGUUUACAAAAAUUAUCACCCCCGCCAUCACUCGUGUCGUGGAUUUUGCCAAAAAGCUACCCAUGUUCUGUGAGCUGCCUUGUGAGGACCAGAUCAUUUUGCUGAAAGGUUGUUGCAUGGAGAUCAUGUCUCUUCGAGCAGCAGUGCGUUAUGACCCCGAGAGCGAUACUCUGACGCUAAAUGGGGAGAUGGCUGUCACAAGGGGUCAGCUCAAGAAUGGGGGUUUAGGUGUUGUCUCAGAUGCCAUCUUUGACCUGGGUGUCUCACUGUCCUCUUUCAACUUGGAUGAUUCGGAGGUGGCGUUGCUACAAGCCGUGAUUCUGCUUUCCUCUGAUCGUCCAGGUUUAACAAGUGUAGAACGGAUAGAGCGUUGUCAGGAGGAGUUUCUUUUGGCCUUUGAACAUUACAUCAACUACCGUAAGCACAAGGUGGCUCACUUUUGGCCCAAACUGCUGAUGAAGGUGACAGACCUGCGCAUGAUUGGUGCCUGCCAUGCCAGCCGCUUCCUGCACAUGAAGGUGGAAUGUCCCACGGAGCUCUUUCCGCCCCUCUUUCUGGAAGUGUUUGAAGACUGAUGGCAAUCCAAUCAGGCCAAGCUGCUCCCACCAACACCAACCUCCACUAAUCAGACCUCUACAGUCUCCCUAUUCCUGGUCAUAUGAUUCUAGCACUACUGAACAUCAUUUCAAUUCAUAGUUUUAGGAGUAGCUCUGGGGCCUAUUUUGAUGGGAACCAUUCCUUUUACAAAGCGGGUACAUGUGAAUAGCAUAAAAAAAAAAUCUAUUCUGUUACUCUUGUUUUGUUUUUUAAGAAACGUUUGAUUUCUGAUCAUAGUCUUGGAUACCGCUCAACAGAAAUGAAUGAACUAUGCAUUUGGGUUUCAUGUCACAUCAGGCCUCAGAAAUAAGUCAAAUAGCGCCACAUUGCAAAGGAUAAUAGCAAUAUAUUGUUUCCUUUUACUUCCUUAUUCUAUUGGUCUAUAGGUCUUUUUAAGCUUAUGUUAAGCUAUAAGUUGUUUAUUGUUUUGUUCCAGAACCCUGUAAAGCACCUACAGUACCUAGACCGAAUUUCAUUACAUCAAUAGGCGCAAAGUAAAAUCACAAUUGUGGGCUAUAUUAUCACAAUCCUUUUGUCCUAGACAAGAUCACUAAACGCAAAAUGCAUAUAUACUUGUGAGUUUAAUUUGCAUAUUUUAAGAGCAGUACCACAAUAAUAGAUCUAGAGAUUCUUCAUUGUCUUGGAUUUAUCAGAAUAACUCAGAAAUAAAAAAUGAAAGGUCAGUCAAUUUCAGUAUUACGUCUCAGAAAAAAAAAAGAUCUGAGCUGCUAUAGGAGAUAGUUUGUUUGAUUUUUGCUGUGUACUCCUAUUUCUGCUUUGAAAUUGUAGAGGAAACAGACACACACACACACACACACACACACACACACACACACACACACACACACACA